AAGUAGACGUGGAUAAAUAUUUCGCUGUUUCAGAAUUUUAACUAAUCAGAACGCAAAAGCUAAUCUUUCUUUUUAGAAAAAUCACUGGAAAUAAUACAAAAUAUAUUCUUUGUAUUAUUUUUCUGCUAAUACCCAAAAGAGUGGUUACAUUCAAUUUAGAAGUCUGUAUAUUCUUGUUUCUCGUGGAAAUAAAAAAGAAAUUUCGUUCACUAUUCGACUCGUGGAAAUCCGCCUAAUUACAGUGUUCGAGUUCGAACGCUCAAUGACUUGAGCAUGAUUAUGUUUUCAAAUUUUGUUGAAUGGCGUUUGAUCAGUAUGAAUGUUGUUUUGAUCUUUUACUCAUACUCUGUAUUACGCACCACCCCCGGUUUUUCUCUCUCUAUAUAAGCAUUAGCAACGAGGUACACUAUUGUGGCGCAUUUGCAAUCAGGGGGCGUUGUGAGCAGCAAAUUUCCCAACCGUAAUAGGAAGCGUAAAGGACAUGCAGAAGGCUAAAGUAAAAUAUUAAGCAUUUUAUUAUAAACUAAGGGAUAACUCAACAUGGGAACGUACAGUGACAUCGAGGAAAAAAUGGAUGAACCGUCAUCCCUGCAAGAUAUAUUAGUCCAAAACUUAAUCUUAGAUUUCGGUGAAUGUGGUUUUCGUUGUGUACGAUGUUCUUUUUUUCUUUCCAGUUUAUCAUUUUGUCUGACAGGGUUGGCUACACUAUUGACUGGAAUUUGGUUAAACACAACUCAUGAAGAUAUAUCCACUGAAUUGGCACAACAAACUUUAACUGGAUAUCUUAACGCUGCAAAUUUUUUGAUAAUAUUUGGGUUAGUGGUGUUAACAAGUUCACUUUUGGCUUGUUGCGGUUCACGUAGAAAUAAUAUUGGUUUGCUUACAGGCUAUGCUGUUUUGUUAUGUUUGUUAAUCACUGCUGAAUUAACUGCUAUCAUUUUAUCGUGCGUGUACAGAGACAAGAUUGAGAAAACGAUGGCGGAUGAAUUGUAUUCAACAUUAGAUCACUACGGCGUACCAGGUUAUGAAAAGUUAACUUCGCAAAUUGAUUCCUUACAACGCAGAUUUUCCUGCUGCGGUAAUACGGCUUACACUGAUUGGUUAAGAAUAAAUUGGAAUCCGAAUAGAACGCAGUCAGUUGUUCCACUUAGCUGUUGUUUACAGCCAACCGCGGAGAAUUGUAAUAUCGUGACAACAAAAAAUACAGAAAACAUAUUUGUAAAUGGUUGCCAUCAACAUUUGAAAAAAUACAUGCUCGAAAACUUGCAUGUAAUACGUGGAUUUAGCGUAUGGAUUUUAGUUAUCGGGAUUUUGGGUAUUUUAUUUUCUCUUUGUUUAAUCAUAACACUUCGAAGAAGAAGAAAACUGUUUGCUGGAGAUAUUUUUUCUCCCAAAAGAAGAAGAGAUGAAUAUUCAAUGGAGGAGUAUAAUUACUGACAAAAUUUGGGCUCACAAACACCUAUGUGGUCCUUCAUUUAAUUCAACGGCUGUAAAAAUACAUAUUGUA